AACAAAUACCAGUUUCCGGGCCACCUCGCCUCAUCUUUAUGCCUGGUUUCGUCAAGUUUGUUGCCACUUUCAAGUAACCUUGAAGUUGGGUUGAAGCAGGGUUCUCCGGAGAUUUUGUGGAGAGCGCGAUACAAACCAUUCCUGCAGGGUUUUGUGAGUGUCAAGAGUGACGGAAAAUGCAGUAUUGUAGUUGAGAGCAGGAUGGACACGGGAACAGUUCUCCUGUUGGUUUCCAGCCUGGCCAACUGCGUUCAGGCGCGCUCCUAUCAAAACGAGUUUGCAGUAUUCGUCCCUGCAGGAGAACAAACGGCCAACAAACUAGCUCUCAAGUAUGGAUUUCACAACAUGGGUCAGAUUGGUGACCUGGAUAACUAUUACUUGUUCGAGCACCGCAGCUUGUCUAAGCGGUCGGCGAAUCCGAGUACUCAUCACCACUUCUUACUUACUGAUGAUCCUGAAGUCACGUGGUUCGAACAACAGAAAGAACUACGUCGAGUCAAACGGGAUUAUCAAACAGUGAAGAAGAGAGACUUUGCUGGCGAUGCUUCAGAUAUUUGGGACGAAUUAUUUGAAGAGUUGAACAGUGAAAAAUCUAUUUAUAAUCAAUCAAAAAUUAUAGUUCGACGAAAUGGUUUGCAGUUUAGCGACCCUAUGUUUUCUAGUCAGUGGUUUAUCAACGGAGGAGGGAGAAACGGAGCUGAUAUGAACGUGAAACCUGCCUGGGAUAAAGGAUAUACAGGGAAGGGAGUAGUUGUCUCUAUUCUAGAUGACGGAAUCCAGCACAACCAUCCUGACCUAGCACAGAACUAUGACAAGUUCGCCUCCACCGAUAUUAAUGAUAGUGAUCCUGAUCCUAUGCCCCAGGAUAACGGUGAUAAUAAGCACGGUACACGAUGUGCUGGUGAGGUGGCGGCGGUCGCCAACAAUGGCGUGUGUGGGGUUGGGAUUGCGUUCAACGCGUCUAUUGGCGGAGUACGAAUGCUAGACGGAGUUGUGAAUGAUGCAGUCGAAGCAAGAGCUCUUUCUCUCAACCCUGAUCAUAUAGAUAUCUACUCUGCGUCCUGGGGACCAGAGGAUGAUGGGAGGACGGUGGAUGGACCUGGUCCUCUCGCUAAACGAGCUUUUCUUAACGGAGUAACACGUGGAAGGAAAGGACGAGGAUCUAUAUUUGUUUGGGCGAGUGGGAACGGAGGAAGACAUAUUGAUGAUUGUAACUGUGACGGAUAUACAAACUCAAUAUUUACUUUAUCUAUAUCUAGUGCCAGCCAAACUGGUUUCAAGCCCUGGUAUCUGGAACAGUGUUCCUCAACCCUUGCAACAACCUUCUCCUCAGGAACUCCAGGUCAAGACGACAGUAUUGCAACUGUUGAUCAAGAUGCUCGACUCCGUCCUCAUAAGAUCUGUACAGACCAACAUACUGGAACCUCUGCCAGUGCUCCGAUAGCUGCUGGAGUAUGCGCUCUUGCUCUGGAAGCUAAUCCUGGUCUUACCUGGAGAGAUAUGCAACAUUUAGUUAUAAUGACGAGUAGACCAGGUCCGCUACUAGCGGAGUCAGGUUGGAUGACGAAUGGACGGGGGAGACAAUAUAAUCAUAAGUUUGGUUAUGGUCUCAUGGAUGCAGGAGGUAUGGUUGAUCUUGCUGAGAAGUGGAAAAACGUCCCUCUUCAACAUGUUUGCCAAUCUCCAGUAAUUAUCAGUGAUCUACCUAUACCUGGAGAGGUAGGAAGAAGUGUAAGCUCAACUAUAGUAUCAGAUGGAUGUGCUGGAACUUUAAAUGUUGUAAAUCAUCUUGAGCAUAUUCAAUGUAAAAUAAGUCUCACAUUUGUACCUCGAGGAAGCUUGAUGUUGGUUCUAACCUCUCCUUCAGGAACCAGGUCUACCCUACUCUUCCCUAGACCUAGAGAUACUCUAGGACAGAGCUUUGAUGACUGGCCCUUCCUCUCCGUUCAUUUCUGGGGAGAAUACUCCGCUGGAUCUUGGACCCUAGAGGUGAUAAACAUGGGAGCAGAUAGAAACUUUAACCGUGGUCAAGGUAUGCUCCAUAAGUGGCAGAUGAUCUGGUACGGGACGGAGGAGAACCCGGUUCGGAUCCCUAGAAAUUCUCCGAUACCAUCCUCUUCCCAGUCUUCCUUCAACCCCAGUAUAUCUUCCAGCCUGUCUUCAAUCUUCCAGCAAUCCUUCCAACCCGCCUUUCCCCAAUCAUUCUUCAGUAACCCUGCUAGACGGAAGAAAUAGUGACAUAGUGUUUAUAAUUAUACCUCAGUAUUCAUCCAGUUUAUAUAUAUAUUAUUUACAAAACAUAUAUUAAAUUUAUAAAUACUAGUU